GACCCCGACUGGGUUGGAAAAAGCUGUAGAGGGAUAAACCGGCGGGGUGGCUAUAUGUGUGUUCGCGUUUUUGUUCUUAACAAUUAUUUAAUUCCCUUUUCGAAACUGCGGACUGACACACAAGUGGAAGGCAAAUUGGGGUGUAUUCCGUCGUGUACCACUUUGACGAGAUCGUACUAAUUCGUCACGUUGUUCUGAUCAAACCGAUCAGAUCAGACGUCUUCGGAUAUUGUCCUGUGUGGAUACGUUACCCAUUAGGAUAAAGACAGCCAGCAAUCAAACUAGUGCAGUGGUUUAAUCUAAAGAGACGAUGAGUACCCUGGAAUCUGUGGAUCGAGUCGAGUUGUGCGAGAGUCUGUUGACAUGGAUUCAGACGUUUGGAGUGGAGGCGGCGUGUAAAACAGUGGAGGAUCUGACCAGUGGGGUGGUCAUGGCCCAGGUCCUGCAGAAGAUCGAUAAUGUGUAUUUCAAUGACAACUGGAUAAGCCGGAUUAAGCCUGAAGUGGGGGAUAAUUGGAGAUUAAAGAUCAGCAACCUAAAGAAAAUCUUAAAAGGAAUCUUGGACUACAACCAGGAGAUCCUUGGCCAGCAGAUUAAUGACUUCACACUCCCAGAUGUCAACCUCAUCGGCGAGCACUCAGACGCAGCCGAACUGGGCAGGAUGCUGCAGCUCAUCCUGGGCUGUGCAGUCAACUGUGAACAGAAGCAAGAGUACAUCCAGACAAUCAUGAUGAUGGAAGAGUCUGUGCAGCAUGUUGUCAUGACAGCCAUCCAGGAGCUGAUGAGCAAAGAGACGCCGGUCACAGGAGGAAGUGAUACCUACGCUGAUCUUGACAGACAGCUCAAGAAGACGGUGGAGGAGCUAAACGAUGCUCUGUCCACCAAAGAGGAGAUUGCCCAGCGCUGCCACGAGCUAGACAUGCAGGUGGCGGGGUUGCAGGAGGAGAAGAGCAGCCUGCUGGCGGAGAACCAGGUGCUGAUGGAGCGGCUCAACCAGUCCGACUCCAUCGAGGACCUGAACAGCCCCGCCGGCCGCAGGCACCUGCAGCUGCAGACCCAGCUGGAGCAGCUGCAGGAGGAGACCUUCAGGUUGGAGGCAGCCAAGGACGACUACAGGAUCCGCUGUGAGGAGCUGGAGAAGGAGCUGCUGGAGCUAAGGGGCCAGAAUGAGGACCUGACCUCCCUGGCCGACGAGGCACAGUCGCUCAAGGACGAGAUGGAUGUGCUCAGGCACUCCUCUGAUAAGGUGUCCAAGCUGGAGGGGAUGGUGGACUCGUACAAGAAGAAGCUGGAGGACAUGGGGGACCUGCGGCGGCAGAUGAAGCUGCUGGAGGAGAAGAACAACGUGUACAUGCAGAACACCGUCAGCCUGGAGGAGGAGCUGAAGAAGGCCAACGCCACACGCGGUCAGCUGGAGACCUACAAGAGACAGGUGGUGGAGCUGCAGAACAGACUGUCCGAGGAGUCCAAAAAGGCGGACAAGAUGGAGUUUGAGUACAAACGUCUCAAGGAAAAGGUCGACUCCCUCCAGAAAGAGAAAGAUCGCAUGCGGACAGAGAGAGAUUCGCUGAAGGAGACCAUUGAGGAGCUGCGUUGUGUCCAGGCCCAGGAAGGCCAGCUCACAGCAGGCAUGGGUCUAAUGGGCAGUAAUGAGGGCUCCGAUUCACUGGCUGCUGAAAUCAUGACUCCAGAAAUCCGGGAGAGACUCAUCAGACUCCAGCAUGAGAAUAAGAUGCUGAAGAUCAACCAAGAGGGCUCGGACAAUGAGAAGAUCGCUCUUCUGCAGAGCCUGCUGGAGGAUGCAAACAGCAGGAAAAAUGAGCUGGAGACAGAAAACAGGCUGGCCAACCAGAGACUGCUGGAGGGACAGGGCCAGGUGGAGGAGCUCCAGAAGACCCUCCAGGAGCAGGGUCUCAAAGCUGAUGAUGCGAUCAUGCUGAAGAAGAAGUUUGAUGAGCAAUUGAUUAAACUGAAAGAGGUGACCAGUGAACUUCAGAAGAAGAACACCCACAUCGAAGACAUGGAAUCAAAGAGCAGCCAGACCUCUCAAAAGGUGGAGGAGCUGGAAGAGGCCUUGAAGAAGAAAGAUGAGGACAUGAAACAGAUGGAGGAGAGAUAUAAGAAAUAUCUGGAGAAGGCCAAGAGUGUUAUCCGGACUCUGGAUCCCAAACAGAACCAAGGUUCGGCUCCCGAGGUUCAGGCCCUGAAGAACCAGCUGCAGGAGCGGGAGAGGAUGCUACACUCCCUGGAGAAAGAAUACGAUAAGACAAAAACACAGCGGGACCAGGAAGAGAAGCUGAUCGUGUCUGCGUGGUACAACAUGGGCAUGGCCCUCCAAAAGAAGGCGGCAGAAGACCGACUGGCCAGCACAGGCUCAGGUCAGUCGUUCCUGGCCCGCCAGCGGCAGGCCACCAACACGCGUCGUACCUACCCUGGCCACGUGCAGCCCACCUCAGCCAGGUAGAUCCAGCGGCCAACAUCUCUGCUUCUCAACCCCCACCCACCCACUCGUCCCCCUCACAACCCCCCCCCCCCCCCCCGAGGAGAUGACCACAUCACCUCAGUUUCCCAGUCCUUUCCCAACACACCCCCGCUAACAGCGUUAGCUAACUGUUACAGGGUUAACCCCACAUGCCUGCACCCAAACCCUACCCUCCAGUGUUACUAUAUCCCUCUUAUUGUUAGCUGGUGCCCCCCCCCCCCCCCCCCCCCCUUCCAUUUGUAUCUCCCUGUCACUUGGGAUGUAAGUAGAGAUGCCAUCUGGUUUUACUGAUUGAUCUUCUUUUUGGUUUUGUUUGUUAUUUUGUUUCAUAUAGGACAUAGUGUUCUUUGUGAAAAGGCAGAACAUGUGACAACCUGCUGUGCUUUUAGCUCCCUGACAAAAAAAAAAGAAACUUCUCUCCUGUCAAGCUCUGUGGUGUUUUUUUUUUUUUUUUAUUUAAAAGUGUUUCUGUAAAGGACGUGGUGCAGUAUUUAUAGAGAUGUAGUUACUGAUAUUGAAAGUGCUCUGUAAAUGUUGUUCUGUUACCCAUUCUGUAGUAGUGCAUGGGGGGGGAAUGAAUCAAAUUGUGACUGUUACACAGCAAUCAGCUCUCAUAUUAUACAAUGAUGUAAUAGCUAAGGAGAAGUUACUGAAGUGUUCUUGUAAAGUUUGAAGCGAGGGCUCACCAUGGAUGAGUUUUAUAAACAGUGUUCGGUAUUGACAGUUUGUUUGCAUAUUAUGCAGUGUAAUUUUUUUUUUUUUUUCAAGAAAGAGACCCAACAUAUCAUCCUGCGAUCUCAAAGUUUAUUUAUGCUUUUUUUUUUUUCAAGUGUGCAUCUCUGCUUAACAUCCCUUUAGGUCAAACCUACCAGGGGAGAUGUGCAUCUUCUCUCCUCAGUGUUAUGGUUUAGUGUGUAUUAUCCUGUCCUGUGCGGUUUCUCCUUUAGUGCCCAUUUGAUGUUGUCUGAACAGUGAGGCCCACUAGAGGUGGGUGCUGUGAGAAACAGACGAUGGCUGUCUUGUCUGACUUAAGUUAGUAUUCUAUCCUGUCUUGGUGUUUUGAUAAUGUUUGUUAGUAUGUAACCUCUUUUGAUUUUUGGCAAAAACGUUUUAAAAGAAAACAAAAAAGGUGUCGAGGAGGAGGAAUGAACCAUUAUCUAUGCAGCGGACUUUUGAGUGUAAACAAGGUUCUUGUAGCCAUGGCGAGGAAGAUGGCCAACCUGGACGAUUUUUAUAGUGACUGUGGCAUAAAGGAGUGUGGAAUUCCAUCUUUCAGAUUCAGAAUUUCACAGGAGAUGCAAUAAAUACACAUGCAUAUAAACAUACAUGUUUGAUCUGAAGGAAUUCAACCACUUAUUGCAAUUUGGAAUGUUCUUGAUGGGAGGAAGAGGAUGUCUUCAUUGGCUCUGAGUCUUAUGGACCUUGUAUGUAUAUCGUCGUCCAUCUUUUACGUGCUCUGUACUUUUCAAUAGGCCCUGAUGUGAAUCUGUCAAAUGUUCAUUUCUUUUUUUCUAACUGCGCGGUAGGGGAGGUUUUGUAUUCCUUAUUCUGCAUUUUCAGGCUUGUGUGUCAUUUUAGAAGCUGUCGGUUGCACCUACCAACUGCGUAACUCACUAUGCCUUACGGCUGUGCUAACAUCAGCUGCUGCUACCGCAUACUUGAAGAUUUACAAUCCCAGCCACCCAGUGUUCCCCCAAAACUACCCCUCUGCCUGACAGACCUGCUGUUGUGGGGAUUUAAUGGAGUUUGAGCUCUGAUGGUUGCACCGCAGGCAACGAGCCACUCUGGAACUUUCCAUGAGGCCUCCGGAUUUUAUGACCACGAUUUUGUAAACUCAUUCCUCCAAUUGUGUCCGAUUGCAUGUCGUAUUUCAAUAACUUGAUUAACAACAAGGGUAGGAUAUGAUUACGGGAAAGGGGCAAGAAGUUCUGGGAGAUGUUACCAAGGUCACAAUGACAUGCCAGACUAUUCACUUUUUUUGUGAUGGUCCUGGAAAUGACUAAUGUUCUUUUUUUAAUUAUCAUCUUAAUUAUCUUUCUCAAAGCUCAUGCCAUUAUUUCCCCUUUGCUGGAAGCAGCCACUGUUGAUGCAUAACCCUCUACCAGCUCUGUCCUGCUAAUGAACUCAUUCCCACUCCUGCCAUGUCAUUGCACUAAUUAAUUACCCAAGUCUUCGGUCCGGCACUGUCGCCUAGCAACAGAGUCAGGCACUGGACAAACACAGGUGACCGCAACCCCAGUAACAGCCAAAGACUGAUCAAAUGGUUGUUUGAUCAAAUGAUUUAACGAUUGAUCACUUGAUUAAGUUGAUUACUGAUUGAUUUAUUGAUUGCAAGAUUUGAAUGAUCAAUCGGUCUCUUGGCAAAUUUGAAAAACGCUUGGUGAUUGACAAUCUCUGUCUUCCUCCUCUCACUCUUUCUCUUCCUGCCUGUCCCUCUCUGUCUUUCUCUCUUUUUACCUCCACAGUGAUGUGAUUGCAUGACCGGCAGGGCGAGCUUGGAAGUGGGUGCAUGACCGUGCUGCUUGCAUGACUUAAUUUGCGUUGAGCCUGCAGAAAUAACCCAAUCAACACUAACCCUCCCACAGCCUCUCCCCCCUCCUACCCCCCACGCUUCUUCCCACCUGUCAUGUGGACCGCCGGGGUGGGGGAGGAGAUUCAGUCGUAAGUCUGGAUGUUCAGGAGACCCCCCUACCCCCCCCCUGAAACAAAUCUAUAAUUCCUCCCACCCCGCAACACCUUCCUGGGCCCUUACCAUUUCUACAGGGACAGAUGGGCUUGCAAGGCACUGUCUUGGGCUGGAGUGAGAGGCGCAGGCGAGGUGUGUGUAUAGGGAGAGCAGGAAGUAGGUUUUUGUUUUGCCUACUUCCAAGAUGGCCCCUGACAGGUUUGACGGAUCCAGAGGUGGCAGAAUGAACUAGGAGGGAAUGGGUUCAUGUUAGCCUCCUACACUACCUAGAUGACCACUUUGACUAUUUUCGAGUAGUCGACUGGACACCUUAAUGAAACUGCUCAGAGAAGCAAGUGAAAGGGUCUGGGACUGAGUUGUCAGCAAAUGAUCAAGCAGAAACCUUUUUGCUAAUAUGAAAUUAAAUGAAGACCACAUGAUUCCUGUAUUUUCCAAUUCAAAGCCCUUUCUAAUCAAUUUUCCUUAUUUGUUUUGCCACUAUGUUAUUUAAUUUAACUGUUAUGCCUUUUAUGCAAUACGGAGUGUUAUUUUUAUGCUUUCUUUGUGUCUCCUUCCCAAAACCCCUUUGAACAAACUGCUCAGAAGAUAGCAGUGUGAGAUUUAAGAGAUUGGAGUCCAUGAACAUAAAGUAAGCCUUCACAAGCAGAAGAUCUAUUUAUUUAUCCUGUUUUUGUUUGUAUUUUAUUUACACACUCAGUAUUGACUUUAGAUUCAUUCAUAUCAUUGGAUAUGAACAUUUAGGCGGGGGGGGGGGGGGGGUGGAGGCCGUUCUGUAAGAUGCAUUUGGUGUUUUUAAGAAGAGUGCACAGCUGUAUUUGGUAAAUCAAAUAGUUUUAAGUAUUAUUCUCUACGUUUUGAGGGUUUGUGUUUUUGUGAAGGCGUAAACACAGAGUCUGGAAGUUUUCCAGUGUCCUAGUCUCUAUGUUUGAGAGUGUCUACUCGUAAAGUUGCAUAUGCAUAUGCAGCCUUCUUACAUAUGUCAAAAGAGAAGAGUCUGAAGAGGAUGUCUUUCUCAAAUUAUCAUUUAAUACUCUCAAGUGCUUUUUGACACCCCAGAAUUCAGUAGGGAUGUAAAGUUUGAGGUCAUUGGUACCAGCAUACCUCUGACACAUCAGUGAAACUAGUCUACAUCGAUUGUCUGUUCUCUCUGCUUCUCCCCUUUCAGAUUAUAGCAAACUCUGUUCAUGUUAUGCAAUAGAUAUUCAGACUCUGUGUAAUGUAUAAGACUUGUGUUGGCAGACAUGUUAUGACUUAUGGAAAUCUGUUCAAUUUUUAAGUAAUUUGUUUUUAAUAAACUGUUUGUCAGGUGUGGCAAAAGUUUAAAUGUCUCAUGGACAUAAUCUGUAUCAGUGGUCAGAGAUUCCCAGUCAACUUUUAGCUCUGAAAUCCAUGUUAGGCCUUUCACUACCGUCCACAGUGGAAAUCUGCUUGUCUGCUACCCAGUCCAGGAAACCUCAGUCAAACAUUAAAAAGCAGGUUGAUGUCUAAUUAACUAAGGUUGUAAUCGAUCAACAGGUUAUAAUGGUGGCUGUAUUUUUUUGAUUAAUCAGGAGAUUCCUUACUCAGUAGCAAAUAAUCUUCCAUUUGCCAAGUUUUAUAUUGCUUGUAUACAAUAUGUAAAUAAUGUAUGUCUGAAACAGUGGUGGAAGACCUGACUAUUAGACACAACAUAGGAAAACAAAACAAUCUCAUGAUUGAGUUUGGUGGAUUUCAUUGUAUAUCUCCAUUAAGAAACAUGUUGACAAAAACGUGCUUCCUAUGCUGCAAAAAUGUACAGUUGUUAAUCCAGUUGUAAAUAAAGCUUGUAUAAAACUUG